AUGGCCGAAGGCGAGCGCACAGCUCUGUCGUCGUCGUUCUUGUGCUCGCCGAUCCCCAAAGACCCGUCGCAAGUCUUCUUCGUCGACAAGAGCAGCUCGGUGCAGUCGCAAGGCGCAUCGAGCGACAGUUUCAUGGACGAUGCAAAGGCGCCGUCGAAGAGCAGCAGCGCCGUCUCACCGGAGCGUGCGUCGCUGCCGCAGGGGCGUGAGCAGGAGCGGAGAAACAAAGCCAAACAGCAGGAAAGUACGGCGAGCGGCGGCGUGCGGGAGAAGAAGCGCCAGCGCCUUGCGACUGAGAGUUUCGCAGUGUCCAAGAACCAAGAGCUGAAGCGAGAGGCGGACGUGCUUCGGAUUCAGCUCGAGACCAAUUCGCAGCGACAUCAGAUCGAGCUGAAGGAGCGAGACGUGCAGCUGGACCAGCUGCGCCGUCAGUUGAAGUAUGCGGUCGCGGCAGAAGAAGGGACGAUGAAGGAGAUCAAGGCGAUGACGAACGAAUACUCGGCUGAGAAACUGCAGCUGGAGAAGAGAGUGGUGGAGUUGGAAGCGCAGUUGAAACUUGUAGAAGGGAAGCUGAAUGAGUGGAAAGAGAAAGCUCUGGAAACGACUGAUGAGUUGCGCAUGCAGACAAGGCAGUCUGCCAUGAAGAUCCAGCUUUUGCAAGACGAGCUAGAAGCUGCUCAAGACUCGUCGUCGACGUCCUCCCAGAGCGAGGACAACAUUCUCGAAUCGAAGAUUCGUUUGCUAGAGUCCCAACUCAAACAGAAAAGCGUAGAGGCUGAGCACAUGGCAUCCAGCAUGCUUGGCGCACAAGAAACGAUGGAGAAUGCACGAGAAGUCCGGGAGCUAAAUGAGCAGAUCAUGCAGCUGCAGUCGACAGAGCGCAAGCUUAAGGCUGAGUUGGUGGACUUGAUCGAGGCGUCCCGAUCGUCUUCUGUUUUGCAAGAAAAGCUGUACCGAAUGACUCGAAAACUUCAGCAGAGCGAAGAACGGAACGCUCAGUCGCUCAAACGCAUUGAGAAGGCAAAGCUUGUGGAGGAGGUACAUAAAGAGUUCUACGACUACUUCGACCAGAUUGUGAAAGAAGCAAAGACUAGUGUAACGCUGGACGACCUGCAACACCGACCGGCCGCAGCGGUGGUUGAGCUGUACAAAGCGCGUCAAAAUGCAUUCGAGAUGCUGUUCGAACAAAAGAACAAUGUGGAGAUUCAGUGUCGGCGGCUAGAGAAGCGUUGCGAAAAGCUUCAGAUCGAUUUGAUCACGUCCGGUAACAACUGUGCGAAACUUGAAAUGCAGCUAGCUGGAAUCCAAGAAAAGGUGAACGGGUCCAAUGAUGCGACAACACAUUUGCGUAAGAUCAACGCCGAGCUGGUAGAGAUUCUCGAAACAUAUGGUAAGGAUCUGGAUGACGAAGCUGGGAAUGAAUACUCGUCAAAGCGAGUGUCCCUGCUGGAAUCUGCACUAAAGCAGUCUGAAGAGUUGAUAAAGGGCAUGGAAGUUGCUCAGCAGUCGAUGGCAACACCUGUUAUUGUCAAAAAGUAUGAAGCACGGAUCGAGCGACUGGAGAAGGCGCUGGCUCAUAUUGAGCAAGACAACGGGUAUCUGAGAAAGCAUCUUGAAAAGGCCGAGAUGGAGCUGGCAGUUUUUGAGAAGCGGCUAGGCAAAGGCGAGUUCAAUGUCGAAACGACCAAGAUUGUACAUUUGGCCGUAAACCCAACACGCGAGCUGUUGCAAAGCAAGACCACGUCCAAUGACGUUGAAAGUUUGCGUCGUGAAAACGAGGCACUGCGUGCUCGACUCAUCAAGCUCACUGAUGGCGGCGACGUCGAGUCCCCGGGUGUCUGCGACGAAGACAAGCUUACCACAACGACUUCGUAUGACACAGUGGACGGUCUCAGGAAGCUCAACCAGCGCCUGAAGCAGGUGUUCGGCGAUCAAAUUCGGCAAUAUCGGGAGGCGGUGCACUUGCUCACUGGCUACAAGGUAGACUUGAAAAAGAGCAAUGGAACGGAGUUGCUGCGCCUACGUUCCAUGUACGCCGAGCACGACGACGACGAGCUGUUGAUUCGCAUGGAAGCCAGCGGAUCGUUGGAGCUGUUGGACAGCGACUUUUGCUCGCGCAUCAACCAGCGUGUUUUUGCGUAUUUGACGACAUGUCGGUCGUUCCCAGCCUUCUUGUCCACGCUCACGCUGCACUUGUUCGAGAAGCAGACCUUCCAGGGCAACUAG